AUGCCUACCCUCGCGCCCUCGACCUCGCUCUCCGAGUAUGUAGAGACCCACGCCGAGGCGGACAACUUGCUUGCUGCCUUUGUUCUUGCGGGCAUUCCGCUAGCUCUUCUUAUCGUUCCCUCCAUUGCAUGCUCUGUUUGGGGCUUACGUCUACGAUGUGGCCUCGCUCGCUCACGUGCCUGUCUUGCUACUCGCAUCGGCUGCUGUAUCGGUGCCUCGGACGCUGCCUUUGACAAGUGGGCAUCGCCUGUGGCUAUUGCUCUUUGGCUGCUCCUCGGCCUGGUCCCGCUCGCCUCGUUCCUCGCCUUUGCAGUCGUCGUGGCCCUUGAUGUGGAUCCGCCGCUGCUGGGUGUGGCUGGUGCCCUGGCUGCCGCUGCGGUGGCUCUGAUGGCCUACGGCGUCGCCCGAUGGAAGACCGAGGGUUGGCGACUAACGCCUGCGGCCAAGUUUGCGCUCGCUGCCGCUGUCUCGGCCUUUGCCGCUCUGGAGGUCACCAUAGCGGUGUGGAUCCGGCCGUACGCCUUUCAGGCGCUUGCGGCAACGCUGCUCCCGCUCUCUGCGGCACCCAUGGUGUAUGUGUGGUACCUCAACGCGCCGACCGGGCCCAUCGCCUUUGCCGACUUUGCCCGCGCCAAGGGCGUCGUGGCUCCCGGCCUUGCCGACGACUCGGGUUCGAGCUCCGACUCCGAUUCAAGCUACGACUCGGACGCCUCCCGCGUCGAUGGUCUCGGUGCGUACACCAAGCUCUACCGGGCCCAGCUCAGCGCGUUGUUCAUUGUUGCUGCUCAGGGCUUCCUCGCUGCACUCGGCGUGCUGACCUACCUUGCGGUCGACGAGGAAGCGCAGGCUCGUCAGGUCCUCGGCUUUGCUCGCUGGGGCGCUAUCUCGCUUGUCGACGCCCUGCUCGGCAUCCUGUACUGGGCCGAACUGGUCGACUCACCACUUGUCGCCUCAGGCCUCUCAAUCUGGGUCCGUGUUGUCUACACCGUGACUGGGACUCGGGUUUGGAUCCUCGGCGACGCUUUUGUCGCCGCUUCGCUCGCGCUCUUUCUACUUGUCUCGUUCAUUGCCGAGCGGUGGCCAAAGUCUGCUGCCGGCGACGGCACCUCGCCGCGCGACGUUGCUGCCGCCAUCCUCACUCAGAUGCCCAAGGAUCGCCGUCUCGACUUUGCGCUGCCUGGCGUUGUCGACUCGUCGGACAUCGACUCGGAGUGGGACGAGAUCUACAAUGCACCGCCCACUCCCGAGCCGUCCGAGGACGAUCUGUUCGGCUCGCUCCGCGACUCGUUCCGCUCCACCUUUGGUCGGUCGUCGAGCUCGGCUUCGUCGUCGAGCUCGGGAUCGUACGAGUAUGCCUACGAGUACGCCUCAACGCUGUCAUCAGAGGACGAAGAGCAGGAGGCGGUGGUUGAGAGGACUGCUGCCGUAACGACCGAGUACGAGUACGCGUACGAGUACGUGACGCCGUCUGCGUCGUCGGCGUCGUCAUCAUCGUCAUCGCCGUCGACUUCGUCGCCAUCUGCUGCCCUCGAUGUGGACCUUGACGACCUAUCGUGCUGCCGCAAGUACGUGGUGACCCGACCGGCGCUCGCCUUUGUGCUUCUUGCGGGCUUUGCUGGUGUGCUUUUCUACCUCUCCGGCCGCGACUCUGCGGAUCUUGCACUCCCACGGGUGUGGGACCGCUCGCAGCUAACGCUUUCUGUCUCGGCAGUUCUUGUUGUGCCUGUCCUCACGCUCGUCUUUGCCGCCUUUCGGGCUUUCCAGCGCGCUAACUACACGCUCACGCCGGCGACGGCGUGUCUUGCGCUUGUGGCGCUUGGAGGCAUCGCGUGUAACGGUGUCCUGUUCAACGCCGUUCACUCCUCGGUUGUGGUGCUUGUGGCGCACACGGUCGUUCCGUUUGUGCUCGCGCUAGAGUAUGUUCUGCUUCUUGUCUGGGCCUCUGCCGACUACUACUGGAUUGUUCCGAACGAAGCGUGGUGCUCUCGGCGCAACGGCGGCAUGCUGUUUGGGCUCGCUCUGCUUGUCUCGUCUGCGGUAGGCCUUGGCGUUCUCCUCGCCGAGUACUCGGACUCGCUUGUUGCCGCGUUUUCAGUCCCGCUUGGCCUCCUCCUUCUCCCGACGUCGUACGUCAUGAUCAAGACGUACUUUACCACGCUCAAGCUCUCGGGUGCAGUCUGGCUGGCUGCGUUGCUCCAGAUUCUCCUUCUGGGCGGCUACACCGGCGCGGUUUGGGGCAUUGCGCUGGAUCGCCCGUCAUCGUUCCCUAUCUGGCUCCUGAUUGGCGUUGCAGGCUACCCAGUUGCUGUCCUCCUCCUGGCAACAGUGUGGAAGUGGCGUGAUGUGUCGUAUGUGGUCAAGCCGUCAACCAGUGACGGCAAGUUUAUCCUAACAGCCUUUAUGCUCUCGUUCCUUGUGGCUGCUGGCGUUCCUGUAGUGCUCAUUGUUGUACUCGACGAGCUCGCAGCCGGCAUUGCUGUUGCGAUCGCCGUGGUUGUCGUCUUUGUCUCGCUAUGGAUUGCGGCCAUCUGGGUCCGCUCGUCAUUCUACCUCCCGCGCAAGUACCGGCUCGUCCUCGGACUCGGUGUGGUGUGCGCCAUUGGCGGCGCGGUGUACUACGGUGUGACCGAGUCUGCGCGGCUGGACGCAGCGUUGGUUGUUGUUGGCAUUCUAGUUGCCGUCUGCUUUGGCCUCGCGUUGGAGCAGUAUCUGGUUCAGCGAGAGACGCCACUGCUCUUCUCGCAAUUUGUCUUCCCUGUCUUUGCUCGCGACGCUAUAGCCGGCACACUGCGGCCGGCCAACGGCGGGACGCUUGCGGCAUACACCGGGCUGCUUCUCGCUGCUGGCGCCGGUAUCGGCCUCGCUUUCGUCCUCGACCGGUCUUGGGUCGGCCUGCUGGUGGGCGGCUAUGCGCUGCUGCUUGUCCUCCUCCUCACUAUUCACCUUAUGCACAUCCCCAGCCUCGAGUUCGGCCGGUACGCCAAGUACGUGACCCGCGACAUGUUGGCGAGCGCCAAGGCAAAGGCGUCCGAGAUGGAGCUCCCCGCAGUUUCACUUGAUGCCGCCGGCAAGCCGGUCUUGGCGGACGUCUCGGUGUCGGACGAGUACUACGGCUCGGGCGAGUACGAGUACGAGUACGAGUACGAAGAGCAGGAGCUUGCAUCGGGCUACGAGUACGGCUACGAGUAUGCGUACGAAGACUCUGGCCUGGAGGCCAGCACGGGCGCGUCAUUGUCGGCGUCGUCGUCGUCGUGGUCACUCUCGCUGCGGUCGGUCUCGUCGGAGGAUCGCGGCGGGCAGGCGAGCCUUGCCCGAAGCCUGGCACGGAUUCGUGCGCUCCGUAAGCGGGCGCGGAGCCGGCGCGAGCAUCUGGCGCUGCUGCGCGAAGACGCGCGCGCGGUCCGUCUAUACGGCGACGAGCAGCGGUUUGUAGUCCACAUGCAGGCACUUGUGGUGGCGCUCGCCAAGGGUGCUAUGGCGGUUGAGCUGGAUUUGGUGGUGCAGCUUGUCAGCGACCGGGUCUUCCGGCACGCGUUUGAUGAGCCGCUUGACGUGUGGGAGGUCGAGGCGUGGGACGAGGACGAGUGGGACGAGCUCGAUGGACUUGUGGCCGAGUUCAAUAUCCGUCGCAAGCUCCGCGCUGACGAUCAGGCGGCCAAGGCAGCCGAGGAUGAGGAAGCGCAGCGGAAGCGUGACGAAGCCCGGCUUGUCCACCAGCGCGAGCUUAUUCGGCAGCAAAAGAAGGCCGGCGCCAAGCCAGCCGAUCCCGAGGCGGCCAAGGCGGCCCCGAGCGUGUCGGCCAAUCAAGCCGGCAAGGCCAAGGCCAAGGCCAAGGCCAAGGCUAAGGCAAAGGGCAAGUGCGAGGCCAGGGCGAGGCCAGCUGCACAGCCGAAGGAAGCGGCAGCGUGCCAGAGCUGGUAUUUAAGCCCUCCGAGGCCGGGACCCGGACCGGUCAUUGCCACGGUGGCGCGCGGGAAGAAGUGGGAAGACAACGAGUUCCCGGCGACGGAUGCAAGCCUGUUUGUGGGCAAGACCGGGGUGUCCGGCAAGGCCAAGGGCUGGGCGCGGCCCGAGACGAUGUUUGCGAGCGCCAAUGGGCGCGCGCCUAGCAAGGCCGACAUUGCAUUGUUUGGGACGGACGGCAUUGUGCCUGGCGACAUCAAGCAAGGAGCGCUGGGUAACUGCUGGCUCCUCUCGGCGUUUGCAGUUGUGGCGGCGGUGCCGAGCCUAGUGGAGCAUCUGUUUGUGACGACCGAGCCGGACGAGGCCGGGGUCUACUGUGUCCGGUUCUGGAACGAUGGCCAGUGGGUGCGUGUCCUUGUGGACGACCAGUUCCCGGUGGCGGACAAGCAUAAGCCGCUCUAUGCGCGGACCGGGCGCGGCGACGGGUCCGAGCUCUGGGUCAUGCUCCUGGAAAAGGCGUACGCCAAGCUGUUCGGCUCGUACGCGGCGCUCAACGGCGGCAUGGUUCACAUUGGGCUGAUGGAUCUGACGGGCGGGUCCGGCGAGCGUAUCGCGCUCGACUCGGAGCAGGCCAAGCAGGACAUUGCGUCGGGUGCGCUGUGGGCGCUCAUGCUCAAGUUCCGCAAGGCCGGGUAUCUGAUGGGUGCCGGAUCCAACUCCGGGUCAGACACGACACAGUCGGACCAGAAGAUUGUGCGCGGGCACGCCUACGCGCUGCUCGAUGUGGUCGAGGCCGACGGGCACAAGCUGGUCAAGCUUCGCAACCCAUGGGGCAAGGUCGAGUGGACCGGCGACUGGAGUGACAAGUCGCCACUGUGGACCCGACGGCUCAAGGCCAAACUCGGGUGGGUCGACGCCGACGACGGCGAGUUCUGGAUGGGCUUUGCCGACUUUGUGCGCGAGUUCCGCAAUCUGUACGUGUGCAAGCUCUUCCCCGAGUCGUGGAGCGCGGUCGGUGGGACGUCGGCGUGGGCCGGCGCGUCUGCAGGCGGCUCGCCCAACAACGAGACUUGCAAGGACAACCCACAGUUCCUGCUCUCGGUCACGUCGCCGACUCAGGUCCACAUCACGCUCUCCCGCGACAAGUUUGUGUCGGGCCCGUGCGGCGGACGCAUCGAUCCGCGCCGCCUCCGCGCCGGCGACCGGCUGGCCACCUCGGGACAGUACUCGAACCUCCGGACCGUCAACUUGGAGACCCAUCUCGCACCGGGCAAGUACGUCGUCGUGCCGACAACGUUCAAGCCGGGUCAGGAGGGCGCGUUCUCGGUUGUGGUGCACUCGGAGAAGAGUGUUGGAUUUAACGAGCUGCAGCCGUAGCCGGUGGCAGCGAUCAUGGAAGACGCCCUCACGCCUUGACAAAAUCAACAAAGCCGGCGAGGUGCUCAGCGAGGCGCUUCUGAGUGGCCUCAUCCACGAUGUUGCCCUCGUCGUCAAAGAUCUUCUCGGCAAAGUAGUUGACGCCAAACUCGCCGUUGAAGGCCUUAAAGUUGAGGAAGACACCGA